AUGACGAAGCUGAACGUCUCCUUCCCGGCUACGGGAUGUCAAAAGUUGUUCGAGGUAGUUGAUGAGCACAAGCUCCGCAUCUUCUACGAGAAGCGCAUGGGCGCUGAAGUGGAGGCGGAUCAACUAGGAGAUGAAUGGAAGGGCUACGUACUCCGCGUCGCCGGAGGAAACGACAAGCAGGGCUUCCCCAUGAAGCAGGGAGUCCUCACCAACAGUCGUGUUCGUUUGUUGAUGUCUAAGGGCCACUCAUGCUACAGACCCCGUCGUGAUGGUGAGAGGAAACGCAAGUCUGUCCGUGGUUGCAUUGUUGAUGCUAACCUCUCUGUCUUGGCUCUUGUCAUUGUACGCAAGGGUGAACAGGAAAUUCCCGGACUUACCGACGGAAAUGUUCCCCGUCGUCUUGGACCCAAGCGUGCCUCCAAAAUCCGCAAGUUGUUCAACCUCUCCAAGGAAGAUGAUGUUCGUCGUUACGUCGUAAAACGUCUGCUUCCCGCCAAGGAGGGCAAGGAGAACGCCAAACCCAGAUAUAAGGCCCCUAAGAUCCAGAGGCUAGUCACCCCUGUAGUACUCCAGCGCAGACGCCACCGUCUGGCUCUCAAGAAGAAGCGUCUGGCUAAGCGCAAGCAGUCCGAGAAUGAGUACGCUAAGUUGCUCGCACAGAGAAAGAAGGAAUCUAAGGUAAGACGCCAAGAAGAGAUCAAACGCAGGCGUUCGGCUUCAAUGCGCGACUCCAAGAGCUCCAACCAGAGUGCGCCACAAAAGUGAUUUACUUUACACAAUAAAAAAAUGUAAAAUCUAAAUACAA